GGGCUCCAAAUUCCACACCGUAAGAUUUUGAUUAUCUAAAUCCGGAGCGAAGGGUGGAUUCCUGGCUUGACAACAUCACCGUCGGCAUUAAUCAAUAAUUCUAUAUAUUCAACACUAACGUACUGAUUGGAGAUUGAAAUUGAUUCUUCUGCUUCUAGGAUCUCUGUUCUCUUGCUGCCUUUCUUCUCCAUGGCGUCCACUUCACACAGAGGUGCUCCCUAUUAUGGCGCUGAUCCUUAUCGAUCCAGAGAAGGUCUUACCACGAGAGCGGCGGCUGGUUCUGAUGAAAUUCAAUUGCGUAUUGAUCCAUUGAACGCAGAUUUGGACGAUGAGAUCACCGGUCUCCGGAGUCAGAUUCGGCAGUUGAAAGGCGUUGCACAAGAGAUAGAGUCAGAAGCAACAUUUCAGAAUGAUCUCAUCAAUAAAUUGCAAAUGACCCUGGUCAGAGCUGAAGCAGGGGUUAAGAACAACUUAAGGCAAUUGAAAAGGAGCAUCAUCCAGGAGGGAUCAAGCCAUGUCAUCCAUGUGGUUCUUUUUGCACUACUUUGUUUCACGGUAAUCUACCUGUGGUCUAAAAUUUCCAGAAGAUGAAGAGUAUUGAGUUUGUUGUGCCCCUACUCUACCAAAGAAUCCGCUGAUUGGACAAAAGGUUCAUUCUGAACUCUGGCCAGAAGUUGAAAUGGAGUUCCACUGUAAAUCCUUCCCCAAUUACCUUGUCAGUUGUUAUAACAUUUUUAAAAUGCUUGGUUUAAUCUUCCAAUACUGCAGUUAGAAUUCUAACUUUUGCUUGGCAAAGGAAAGAAUGUUAUAUAUUAAACACAUACUAGAGUUAACUAGUCUGCGAGUAAUGAUCUCUCUAAUGAGGAAGCAUUGUUCAAUUCUUAUUAGGCUUUGUUAUGCAAAUUUAUCUUGUGAAUGGCUAAUAAAAAGAGGAAACUAGCAUACAUAGGAACUGGAUUUCAGCUGCAACUUGGUAAUAGCGCCCUUGGAGGUUUCUGUCAGCUGACUUAACCUUGCUUGGUUGAGGACAUUGCGGGCCUCCUGUGUCUUCCUUUUGAGUUGUCUUGCUUUUGGUUAUACAAUUGUCAUCAUUUUUUGGAUUAACAUAAUGUUUUUAUUUUAUUUUAUUUUACCCUUUGAUCCAACCUUUUUAUAUCAUGUACCUGAAGAAAACUUUUGAGAAGGAAUUACUUUUUAUUGGCUACUGGAAUCUAGAGGGUUUGAAAGGGUAAACAAAUGAUGGUCUAUAUGCAGUUCACUUCUUUCCUUUAUUUUAACUAGGUCAAUGCUUGCCUUUAAACCUCUAGUGUUUCUGUUUGUGAAUUUUUCCUCAUAUCAAGCAUUAUGAGUGAGCUGUUUUGAUGUCUAAAUUGCUUGGAAUUGCUGUUGGGUAUCAUUUCACUCAAAAACUGAAGCAUCCAAUGUUUUCAAAGUAGUUCAUGGGAUCACCCAAAAUGUGACAUGGAAGCUCAAAGUUAUGGUUUAUCAUACAGCUUGCUUGGACAAUGACAAUGUUCUCAACUGUAGGUGAGUCUCCUGCGAGUGGAUGUUGUUCUGAAGCUUCAAAUUUUGCGGUGAUGUAACUUGAUACUAUCCUCUAAAUGUUGAUGCUUCAAUCUGAUUCUUUGUCUGUCAUUCCUAGUUUCUGGGCUUCAGAUCCCAAGCAAGUCAAUGAGCUAAUUUCUGCUAGGUUUUUGUAGGAUCAGUCAUCUCUACUAUACGUGUUUCUCUAUUUUACAAUGGAGAUAAUGCAUAUGGUAACUGAUCUACUACUGUUUCACCAUCUUAGUCUUCGUUAAUGUAUUUCCUGUUGUACCCAUGUGAUAAAAACCUUGCAUGUGA